ACUCUGAAUCCUUUCCACCUCUGACAGGAGCCAAUGCCUAGGUGUGCAGCAGCAGCACGCUGAUUUGCUUCAGUAGCAAAGUAAGGAGAAACGACUUCCAUCUUCCACCAGCAUUUUCCAACUCAUCCGUGGCAGCCAAAGAAAGCUAUCCCUCGCUCGUCUAUUUAAUGCCUCUGCUCAACGCUGCCUGCAUGACACUUCCAAGUGGGACACAACAGUUCAUACGUUCCUAUCGAUCUGCUACAUCCCUUUCAUUUACACGGCAGGAAACAGACCUUGCAGGGCACAAGGCACCACUCGCAGAAAGAAUCUCUAUCUCUAUUUGUUAUUCGAUGGAUGUUAAAUAAACACGUUUCAUCCAAUUCUAAUAUAUGGAAUCUGAUAAGGAAGAGUUUUCUCCGCUGGAUAAUGAGAUGGUGAAUUCACAGUCUGGUUUUGUGCACAACCAAGAGCUGCUGGCUUCAACAAUUAUGCAGGACCAAUCAAACUUGACAUUUUCUUCAGGAUCCCUGGAUAAUGAAUGUUCACCCAUCAAUCAAACAGAUGAUGGAAUACUAGAACAAGCAGGUUCUUCCUCCUCAUGUUUACAUAUGGACACCUAUGGAAGCCACACCAUUGACAUUCAGGGUGAAAGAAAGAACUCCGAUUCUUCUGUGAGCCCCAGUUUGUCGUCUCCACAAGAACAAAUCCAAAUGGGAUUCCCAAGCAAAUCUUCCCCUAGAGAGGUAUUUAGAAGGUAUAGCUGCGAUGACACAACAGAGAGAGGCUAUAGCAAUUUUAUCAAGGACAGAAAUCAGUUUCAUCCGUACAAGAGGCAGUUUAGUGAUGUUUUUCCCAAUACACUUGAUUCUCUCUCACUUGCGGAGAAAACGUUCAAAGAAAUGAACAGGAUAGACACUUUUGAAGAUGUGUGCCCACCACCUGGUCCUGAACACAUUGAACCAUUUGUCCCACAUGUACCGGAUAUCUCAGCAGAACAAGCGUGGUGUAAUUCUGUGCAGUACAACUCCACUGAUGAGGAUUCCCAGAUUAUGUUGGGCUCAGAAGUCAAAAUGAAGUCUUCGGUCAUGUGCCAGCAGGAAAAAGAGCAAAGAAUGUACUGGUCCCAGACACAGCAGAUAUACUGUACCCCACAAUCAUUUCCACAGUAUUCCACUGGGGGAAGUUACCCCGUGACCUACAUUUCCACCUCUCACUACCCUUACCAAAGGAUUGCACCGCAAGCAAGCAUGGAGGCCCAGCAGCCCCUCUAUCCAAAGCCAAUUUAUUCAUACAGCAUAUUAAUAUUUAUGGCCCUGAAGAACAGCAAGACAGGAAGCCUGCCUGUGAGUGAGAUAUAUAAUUUUAUGACGGAGCACUUUCCUUACUUUAAGACAGCUCCAGAUGGCUGGAAGAAUUCCGUGCGGCACAACCUGUCCCUGAACAAAUGCUUUGAAAAAGUAGAAAACAAAUCUGGAAGUUCUUCCCGUAAAGGGUGCCUGUGGGCCCUGAAUCCUGCCAAGAUUGAUAAAAUGCAGGAGGAAUUGCAGAAGUGGAAAAGGAAAGACCCAGUAACCGUGAGAAAGAGCAUGGCAAAGCCAGAAGACCUUGAUAAGCUCAUAGGAGAGAGAACUGAAAAGCUGAGGUCUUCCCUCUUGGCACACAGCGCAGCUGGCCUUGUGAACUCCCCCACUAUGCAGUUAUCUAUGCAGCAGACGCCAUUGUGUGAGACAACUAUUUCCCCAGUGCCGGUAUCACUGCAAUCUAUGCAUGACAUUUCAGCAUCUUUGCACAACAACACACAUCUUUCGAGGCAACAGCCACCGCGUUAUACGCCAUUACCACAUGACAUUCCGCAGAUCUCACCAGCAAUGAUACAACAGCCCCAUGGCAUUUCCCAGAAUCAUUUUUCAUCACCUGACAAUCAAAAUGACCUGAGAGCUCAACCCAUUAACCCACAGGACUCUCCAAUCCCUGCCCACACCCCACCACUUCAAACCAUGAAGAUGCUGUCAGAACAUUCGCCAGCAAGGACAAUGCAGGAGAACUUCACAGAAGUGGAGCUCAGUAAUGAUAUUGAUGAUCUCAAUCCUUCUCUUACAGAUUUUGAUUUCCAAGGGAGCCUUUGGGAAGAGCUGAGAGAUGACAGCCUGGUUUUGGAUCCCCUUAAUCUUGUUUCUCCCUCUCCAACACCACCUCCUCCUCAGUAUUUCCUGCAUAACCCCACCAGCAAAGGCUUCAGCAAUGGGACUGGCUCCCCCAGUAAUAACUCGAGUUACGGAGACUUACAUCUCACCACUGUGUAUUCCUCAUUCGUGGAACUUGACAAACAGAUGCCGUCGUAUCUCAGUACUUGUGGGAACAAGCAUGUUGCAAUAGUUUGACCAUAUACACAACAUCUACACCAUCAUCUGAUCAAUAAAGAAACUUACUGGAUCCAUUCUGUGCCCCCAAGAGACAUUAACUUGGAACUAUUUCCUCUGGUUUUGUUAAAUAAAAGAUAUUUUUAAGCGCAUUCUGCUUUAGGUACAUCUGAUCGAUGUUCUUGGAAACUCUUUUCAUUCUGUCUUCAGCAGUGAUUUUCUUAAAAAACUAAUGAACUGCCGAAGUAAUGCACCAUGGGCAAAAGAAUAAUAGGCCCAGCACUACACUGCCACAAAUGAAGACACUUCAGCAGUUUAAGAUUCAACUUUGUGUUUGCUGCCUACAUGGACUGGAUAUCAGCUUUUUUAUUGGUUAAUCACAGUUAACGAUGGUUAAAAAGUUCAAAAAUUUUAUUUUUAUUAGGGAUUCACCAAUUGCAUUAUUCACCAUUUGUUCAAAUACCAAACUGAAACUGAGCCCUUAUUGGCAUAGUAAAAAAAAUGUUUUUAGAUUUCAAGUUGCCCAGAGCUCUAAAGUCACAUUAAUUUAAAGGUUUGGACUGAGUUCAGCACAGCACUUAAACGACACAUAAAGUCCAUUUCACUGGGGGGGUGCCAGUCCGGGAUUCAGUGCAUGACCAAUUUCUCUAAUGGAUAGUAUUAAAUUGUUAGUAAUGUAUUGUACAAGAUAGCACAAAAUGGGCAAAUCUUGCUUUACCCAAAGUCUUGCUUUACCCAAAGGCAGUGGUGGAUUUCUUUUUCGGGUGCCUCCCGCCCCCCUCAGGAUGGUGCGCAUGUGCAUCCUUGUAGCUUUCAUACAGUGCUCCGUAUAUGAGGUGGGCUGGGCAGCAUGCCGCCCUAGGCCUCGGCACAAAUCUAGGCCGGCCCAAAGGCAAAGUCUUGCUUUACCUAAAUGCCUUAUCUCCGCCCCUAGUGAUGUUGCAGAUUCCAUUGAACAUGCCCCCCUACCAAGUCCCCACAUUUUCAUAGGCCAAAGUGUAGCAGCAGUGUAACUCUCAUACAUGCAGGGAAACAUUUUUUCCAUUAUUGUUAUCUAAUAUAUGAGAAUACAGUAGUAUUACACUGCAAAUCUGCAGACCUCUCCAGCCUCUGCCAUUUAAUCCCUGGGACUGGAAUGAAGGUAUCUGAAAAAUUUGCACCUUUUAUUACAUGACCCCCUCUAGAUAUAAAUAUCAUAUUGCAUUGCUGGUUGAAUCAAUGUCAAGAUUUUCACUCUCAUGCAUUCUUUAAACUAAAGCCUUAAUUUCAGGUAGAAAUAAACCUAGCUUUAUUAGCUUGUAUAGCUUUAUUUGCUCCUAACACUACAGUAUUUGAAUGACCUAUAACGUAUAUAGGAAUAAUGUACUUUUAUUUAUAUCAUAAGGAUAUGGGCCCCAAAAGGAGUCUGAUGACACCUAACGGCACUAGGCCCAAAGGCACUGUCAUUUCUGCAUCCUUAUAAUAUAUUAGUAGGGGUGGUACAUUAAUUCUUUUAAUUCAUAAGUAUCAGUAAGUUAUGUGACACAACUGAAUUCACAAUGCACAUAAAGGUCUAUUUUACAGGUUGUUAAUUUUUUGUGUGUAUAAAAGUAACUGAAAAUGUAAAAAAAAAAGAAAAAAGUUAGAGAUCAGUGGAACCAAGAUGGCCCAUAAAAUAGAAUUGUGUUAAUGCGGGAAAAGGUAUUUCAGCCCUUAUACCUGCCAUGGAGUUCUGUGACUGGGAUGCGUAGCUACUCCAUAUUGAUCCCACACACAGAAAGCAGAUCAACAUUUCAUUUACUGGCAAAAAUCUCCAAGGAAGGGUUGUUUAUAUAUAGCACUGUGCAUGCAUGAUCAUAAAGCAGGUGGGUUUUGCUCCCAGGGGAGGUCUGUACCCUCAUUGCUUUGUGACACUUACCAUCAUUGCUUUAUUCCAUUCAAGCUGUUCUCAUUUGUAUAUAAAUAAAUUACAGAUAUUGCUGUCUCAUUAUAA